AUGACCAUCAGUGCGAUUUCAAGCACCGCCCAAUCCAUCUGGAGCAUUGGACUAGGCAGAGUCAACUCGGCGGCCAUUAUCCGAGGCUGGAUAUUAAGCACCAGAGGGUCGGAAUCGGAACGCAUUCUGGCAUCUCCUCUCGUCGCCAACGUGCCACAAACAGUCUUCUCUUUCAUAUACCUUCAGCUCAACGGACUCCUCACCUCAAUAUGGCUUUGCGAGGAAUGGAAAGGGUUCGAAUUCACUCGGAAGGCACUCCGAGUCUCUAAUCCCAAAGGCAACCAACGGAGCAGGCACUUUGUCCAGCUCCCCUACCGAGUCGCAAUACCAAUGCUGACCGUGGCGGGCCUCCUUCACUGGCUCCUGUCGCAAUCGAUCUGCCUAGCGGUCGUAGCGGAAUACGGCAACGAUGGCAAGCUAGUCAAUCCCACGACCGUCGGAACCUAUGGCUUUUCACCUCUGGCUACCAUCUUCGUGAUUGCGUUUGCUGGCUGUUUGAUAGUGGGUGUCAUAGCACUGGGUCAAAGGAGGUUCCAUGGGGCCAUGCCGCUGGCAGAAAAGUUGCAGUGCGGCUAUUUCAGCGGCUUGUCAUCGGCCAGAUUGGGAUAA